AUGUCCGCGCCUCCAGAACCCCCUCCGUCCUAUGCGGUCGCCACUGGAUCCUCGGCCACCCCAUCAAAACCGGAGCAGCCGUCAUCUCACCUCGAGGUCCCACAGUCAAAGAAUGGCAUUCCAGCUUCAGACAGAAGGUCAAUGGAAGACCUCCAGCGGCCUUUGCCAGAAGGAUGGGUGCGCUCGUAUGAUCCCAAGGAGAACCACCAAUUCUUCGUCAACACCAAAGAGGACCCGCCCAAGUCGUACUGGGAGCAUCCCCUCGACAAUCCCGACGUCGUCAAGAGCCUGAGUUCCGAAGAACGCGAGAGACUCCAAGACGAGGAGGACCAGAUGAGAAGGCGGGCCGCGCACACACCCGAGCCACCCGACGACAAGGACCACCAUGCGUUUCCCGACUUGCCACCUCGUCCGAAUAACAGUCAUCAUCAGUCGCAGCAGCAGGGUGCUGCAACGAAGAAGAGCUUUGGUGAAAAACUGAAAGACAAAGUAACCGGAACGACCCACGAUGAGCGAGUCAAGAACAGAGCCCAGCGGGAGCAGGAGGAGCGCGAAUACUACGAGGCACACAUGCGACUUCGACAGGCGAUGCAAAGGGCGGAAAUGACUGGUCAACCUCAGUUCUUCGCCAAAGACAGGGACGGAAGAGACAUCUACAUUGAACCUUCAAAUACUGGCUAUGGCUACGGAGGAGGUUACGGCAACAGAGGAUACGGGGUGAACCCUUAUUCCAGUGGACCGUACGCAAACCCCAAUGCGAGGUUCAUCCGGCCUGGCUAUCCAUACGGACGCCCAUAUGGUGGUUACUAUGGUGGUGGUGCUGGCCUCCCAAUUGCUGGUGGUUUGCUUGGAGGUCUGCUCCUAGGAGGUCUUCUUUUUUAA